AUGCUGCAAAUACGCAUGCUCUCGGGUGAGGUGAUGGCCGUGCCAGUGGAGGAGGUGAGCAGCGUGAGGGACGUGAAGCAGCGCUUGCACCGCCUGCAUGGCCUGCCUCCGCGCUUCAGGCAGAGGCUCCUCCUGCAGGGCGCCAGUCUGGAUGAUGCCACCAAGCCUGAUCCGGUGGCCGAGCUCAUCGACGUCGCCAGAAGUGGCUCCGUGCAAGAGGUCGAGUCCAUGCUGCAGCUGCCCCUGGAUCCAAAUGUGGCCAUGCUGGGGACUGGUGAGAGGCCGCUUUCCAGGGCCUCCCGGCGUGGCCAUGUUGAAGUCGCGCGUUUGCUGUUGGAGGCUGGGGCCGAAACCGACUUGGUGGAAAACCAUGGCCGCACGGCCCUGAUGAUGGCAGCUCAACAUGCCCAUGUU